AUGAAUCGCAAAAUCGAUUGCUUUGUAUCAACUGACAGUCCAAUAGCGAUAGCCAGUAUCAUCGACAAUGGCAGUAGUAGUCCAGAUUCUUCUUUACGACACCCUUCUGCAUAUUAUUUUUCCAUCAAGGUCGGAAGGUGUUUGGGGAAGUGGAGCGAAGAGAGAACAGGAGAGCUGAAUUUUCAAAGGAAAAAAAUUGAUAUAAAAAAAUUAACGUACAUACGUCACUACACAGGAGCUUUUUACGACACUGCAGCGCUGAAGCGUCACCGUGACCGAUCACGUCGUGACUUUUCUGGUAUUGGAAAAGAAGUGGGUUCGACGUUGAAUUUACAUGUCAAUGCAUUUGACAGAAUCUUUAAAAUGCGUUUGACAAGGGACCCGACGAUAUUCCACAGCGACGUCCUUUUUGAAACUUCAAAUGCUCGCCCGAUAGCUUUUGAUCCCUCUCACGUCUACGUCGGCAGUCUCGAAGAUGAUGAAAAUUCCAUAGUACACGGAGUAAUAACAAAUGAGGGUCUUUUCGAUGGAACUGUGAUAACGGCAACGGAUGAAAUUUACAUAGAACCAUUUACAAGAUAUUCACAUCUUGUGAGACGUGAUAUAAAUGAAUUAAAUCCGCGUGAUACCUAUAAUAAUAUUAAUAAUAGUUAUCAUGAUAAUAUAGAUGAUAAUAAUCACCAUAGCAUUGCAUAUCGUUCAAGUGAUGUUUCUACACCGUUGGACACUUUAAAACGUCCUAUUAACAGUGAACGCAUCAGUGAAAACGAACCUUUUAACUUCACCCAUGCCUUUAACGAUCCAAUUCUCUUCGAUACUGAUGAAUUUUUAAAUCCGGAUUUAAAUAAAUACCCAGUGGAUAAUGAAGAAAAUUUCGAUGUUUACAGAGAUGAUAGAGAAAAAUAUUUACAUAGUCGGAAGCGGACGAUUGAUCCGAAAAAAACUACCUGCAUGCUGUACUUGCAAGCGGAUCAUACCUUUUUCGAGCAUUACAGGUCAGAGGAAGCUUGCAUCGAGGUCAUGACCCGACAUGUUCAGAGAGUUAAUUCGAUUUAUCGGCACACUGACUUCAAUCAAGACGGGGAGCCAGACAACAUAAGUUUCAUGAUUAAGCGGGUGAAAAUCCACGGAGCAGAUGCAUUAAAGGAUCCGUCGUACCGUUUCAAUGGCAAAUAUGGCGUAGAAGAGUUUCUAGAGUUGUUCUCAGAGGAAAACUACGACGCAUUUUGUCUGUCUUAUAUGUUCACUUAUCGUGAUUUUGAGAAAGGAACUUUGGGUUUAGCUUGGACUGGUGACUUGAAGAAUGCUGGGGGUGUGUGCGAGAAGAAUGGGCAUUACCGCGGAAGUAUGAAAUCAUUAAAUACAGGAAUAAUAACGUUAUUAAAUUAUGGUAAACACGUUCCACCAGCUGUAUCACACGUGACUCUAGCUCAUGAAAUCGGUCAUAAUUUCGGAUCACCCCACGAUCCAGACGAAUGUUCACCAGGUGGAGAAGAUGGUAAUUUUAUAAUGUUUGCACGUGCAACCAGCGGCGACAAAAGAAACAACAAUCGAUUCAGUCGGUGCAGUCUCAUAUCAAUAAAUCCUGUUUUAGAUGUCAAAGCUCGUUCAACAAAAGGUUGCUUUGCUGAACACCAAAUAGCCAUUUGCGGUAAUGGGGUAGUUGAAGAGGGCGAAGAGUGUGACUGUGGAUGGGAAGAAGAUUGUAAUGAUCCAUGCUGUCAUCCUCAACGAUUACACCAUGCCCCGUUUGAAAUUCCCUGCCGUCUAACUGAGGAUGCUGUCUGCAGUCCUAGUCAGGGACCCUGCUGUACCAAUGGAUGCUCGUUGCGCAGUGGAACUAAAUGCCGUGAUGACAAUGGCUGCCGAGACGCAAGUUUCUGCGAUGGACGAGGACCUCAAUGUCCACCAUCGGUCAACAAACCAAAUAAAACCAUUUGCAAUGAUGAGUUUGUCUGUUUCAUGGGAGAGUGCACUGGCAGCAUUUGUCUGGCUUACGGACUCGAGUCCUGUCAGUGUGUGGCCGAGGCUAAUGAUCCUCCGACUAAAAGUUGCGAGUUGUGCUGCAAAUUGCCUGGGGAAAAUAAACUUUGCAUAUCGUCUUUCGAAUGGAAUACGCCGCCCUAUGAAAUUCCCGACAUGAUGUCCAAGCCCGGGACACCUUGCAAUGACUACAACGGGUACUGCGAUAUUUUCCAACGCUGCCGCGAGGUGGAUCCGACUGGUCCAUUAGCAACAUUAAGAAGACUUUUGCUGUCGGAUGCAAGCUUAGAGCGCUUUCAUCGGUGGAUGACCGAUCGGUGGUACAUUGUGGCGUUUAGUAUUAUUAUUAUCAUGACUGGAUUGGUAAUAAUGACACGAUUGUUAAGCAAACAAUCCGAUACAAUCAUCAAAAUAAUUUACUUAAAUGAAAAUAAAAAUAAUAAUUUAGACAGCGGUUGCAAUACAACCAACAAAAUAAAAAUAUUCAAAUGUAUGACUAUUUUAAAGAAACGUUUGUUAGAAAAAAUGAAGACUCUUGUGUCGCCGAAAAAACAAAAUUUAACUUCCUUACAGUCAUUACAGUCACUCCAGUCGAUUUCAGAUUUUGUUAUCUACAAUAACUUCCAAAAUAAUUAUUGCAGAAGUAAUAAUUAUAAUUGUAAUGAUAAGAGUAAUAAUAGUAAUUUUUAUCUGAUAAAUUUAAUAAAUAAGUUUUAUAGCAAAAAUAAAAAAUUUCGAAGGCAAAAAAAAUUAGUUAAUAAUUUAGUGGGAGUAGAUAAUGUUAAAAAAAGUUGUUAUGGUGAUAAUAGACAUAAGAGAUUAUUUAAUGACAUUAAUUAUUUUGGUCAUUAUAAUGAUACUAGUUUCGAUACAAGAAAUGCAAUUUCAGAUUUAGAAAUUUUGUUACAACGAAGUUAGUAAUUAAUUAUUUUUAUUUAUUGUUAUUUUUUCAAUUACAGUCUACUACCUGUCAUAAGUCUAUCUUUCAUAAGCUUCUUCUCCGCAAUAGGCAGGUACUGAGUUCAAACAAUUUCCCGCACUUAACCACUCUAAGGAGUUUCGUACCUGAGAACCCGUUAUAAGCCUCCGUUAAAAUUGUCUAAAUUAUAAACUAACAAUAGAAAAAAAAUCCAAAUUAAUAAUGAAAAUUUUCUAUGGAUGUUUCGCGGAGAAUAAUUUAAUCAAUGUUGAGUAAAAUAUAAUUUAUUGUUCAUAAUUAAGCUGAUUUUCAGCUGAUAAAAAUAUGAUUAAAAUUCUUUUUUUUUUAAUUACAAAAAUUAUUUAUCGUUUACUUGCACACAUUUAUUAAUGUUUAAUAAAUUAAAGUAUUUAAAACACUUCCGUAGUAAAAACUUUAAAUAAGAUAUGGCAACAGUGCUCUUUGAUAGAUAUGUGUUGACAUGUGUCUGAACGUACAUAAACCGCUAAAGUCAGGUGUGUAGCAAAAAUUGAAAUAAAUAAUUUCCCUUCAUUUAAAAAUGAAGCAAAAUAUUUAUCGCUAGAAUUGUCUUAUUAUAUUUUAUGUUUACUUAAAAACUGUAGUUUCUACCGAGGAGACGAAAAAAUUUUUUUUUUAUUUAUGUUUUUAAAAUUGGCGCCACAUAACAGCUGUCUCUGGCAGCAUUGCCAAGACGCCUAUCCUCUAUGUCAUCUCAAGUUAUUAACCACUAAAAUAAUUUUUUCAACUUAAUUUUUCUCAUUGUUUUUAGCGAUGACAAUAACUUUUGAAUAUAUAAUGUGACUACACUUAUUUAACUUUCUUAUAUCAGGUUUUGAGAGCUCAAAGUAGGAAAGUUGACAGCGAAAAAAAAUCAUAUUGCUAGGGGCAGUGUUUCUACCAUAAGAGCCCAUGUAUGAGGAUUUAAAAAACUCGGCUUUCAAUCAUUUUUAUCUCAAUAACUAUACGGUAAAUCCUCGAGUAAUUUUAGCAGUAGAUGUAUGGUAUAUUUAUCUUCAAAAUUGUAAAAUUUUAAAUCUUAAAGUUGGAAACUUCGAUAACCAUUAGAAACGUGUGAACCUCCUUAAAGCUUCUGCUAAAAUUUAAAAAUAUUAUUGAGCAUUAUGUUCAUCAAUAAAAUGAUUAUUAUUAUUAUUGGUGUAAUUAAUACUGUUGUCAUUAUAAUUGUUUGCAUUAUAAUUAUUAUUAGUGUAAAAAGAUAAGUAUUUAUUUUAGCACUAUAAGCAUUAGACAAAUCGGGAUAGUGACGUAUGUAAGAAAACGUAAAUAUGACGUUCAAAAUUAUGUAAAAUUAAACAGGCUUAUAACGGGUAGUCGAGAACAAAACUAAACGUACGGUAGUGUGGAGACUGAAUUUCCAAGAAAGAUUUCCCCGAUGUCUCCUGGGCCAGGCUUAUGACGGGUAAUCAACUGUAUUACCACUUUACCGCAGUAUUAAAAUAAUUUUUCAUGAUACCAGCAUCUAAACUAAAGCUUCAGAAUCUCUAUAGCCAGUUGAAACGAGUUAAUUUUAAUCCAAUACCGCAAACGAAUGUUAGCAAUUGCGGAAAUUGUAAAUGCCUUCAUUCAACGAGCGGAAACAAACUUGCUUUGUCCCUUAGGAACAAACAAAUAAUGUUCCUACCUGCUGACUGAAGGCUUUCCGAUUAAACUCUGUACUUGUCAUUAGUUUAAUAGUAAUUUCGGACAAUUAAUUUUAUUUACGUAAAUGACAAUUCAAACUUUGUAAUUAAGUUUUAUGAAAAUUAGUGUCAAUAAUAAAUAGUAUUUAUAGUUUCUACUUAAUUAUAAAUAGCAAAUCACAAUUUACCUUACGCUGAUAGUUGAUGACAUCAUUGGUCUUAAAUUAACUUGUUUCUGACUGGCUGCUGACAAUGAAAUUUUGAAUUACAAUGCAGGUAAUCAUAAAAAAUAUAUUGUGUAACUUAGAAUAAAACACAACUUCAAAUUGCGGGUGGUCAG